AUGAUUUAUCUGGUUUUAAUUUUUCUUACCGUUCACUGUAUUACUUCAGUCCCUACCGUAAGUGGUACUGGCGAUGAAGAGCAGGAAGAAAUUAAUAACUACAAACAUUAUUUAGAGCAGGCAGCGAAAUCACUGCACUUGGAUCCUCAAACCAUGGCUUCUCUGAAAACUCUAAUGACCGAUAGUAUCAAUGCAGCUGAUUAUAUACGAUUUUGGAAUUCGAGUUUACGCGAUUUGUCUGAUGAAACUAAACGUCGUAUAGUUGAAAAGCUUGUGGAAGUUCAUUCACAACAAAAGUCACAGUCUGAUUCUGAUAGUGAAAGUCUUGGUAGUAAAAAGAAACCCUCCAAUAUGGAAUUAGUACAAAAGGCUGUUAAUCGAUUGAGAGAACUCGAUUCUUUGCAAGAGAAGCAGUACGAAGAGCAUGUAGCUAAAGAGAAAGCUGAAAGAGUAAAACAAUUCCUUGAGCUACCUGAAGAAAAACGUGCUGAAAUGAUUAAGCAUUUCAAAGAGGAAGCUGCAAAGCACCGAAAGCGCCCAAAAGUUCAUCAACCAGGUAGCGAUGAACAGCUUAAAGAAUAUUGGGAGAAACAAGAGGGUAUGGAGAGGGAAACAUUUAAUCCUCGAACUAUGUUUUCUGAAAUUGAUUUGGAUGGAGAUGGUUAUCUUAGUGUUGAAGAAGUUGAAGCUGUACUACAACGAGAACUCGAUAAAGUUUAUGAUACGAAAGACCCAGAAUUCGAUCCAUUGGAAGAAAAAUACGAUCGUAACAAAAUGAGACAGAAGUUUAUGGAACAUUACGAUACAGAUGGAGAUUAUUUUGUUUCUCUUGAUGAGUUUACAAAGGGUUUAGAAUCAGCUGCUGUAAAAGAGGAUGAUGAGUGGAAGACGGCUCAAGACGAAGAGGAUAUGUUCGAGACUAAUGAAGCAGAAUUGAGGAGACUAGCCAGUGAAGCACAACAAAAACAACAAGCACAUGUUACUGAACCGUCACAUCCGUCGUCGUCGUCAUCAUCAACACCUACUCCAAAAGUUUAA